AUGGUGUUAAAAAGUAGGAACACAGUAGAUGAGAAUACCCUUCAUGUCACAUCUAUCUUCAAGAACACCGGAGAUCACGCAGUUAUCGAUCGUCAAGUCGACACCGAUGAAGAGAUUCUAGUCUCCUUAGGCUACAAACAAGAAUUCAAAAGGGAAUUAUCAAUAUGGUCAUCUUUUGGAGUUUCAUUUUCCUGUCUAGGCCUUUUGCCAUCGAUCACAUCAACUCUAGGCUAUAAUCUUGGGUAUAGUGGACCGGUAGGUUCGGUAUGGGGAUGGCUCGUUGCGGGGAUCUUGAUACAAUUCGUAGCAUUUGCGAUGGCGGAAUUGUGUUCGAGUAUGCCGACAGCGGGGGGUCUUUAUUAUGCUUCGGCUGUUUUGGCACCGGAGGGUUAUGGACCUUUUUGUUCUUGGAUAACCGGGUGGUCAAAUUUUGCUGGUGAAGUAACGGCACCGUGUGCGGUUAACUAUGCACUUGCGGCUAUGAUUUUGACAGCGGCUCAAAUUGUUCACCCGGAUUAUGUUGUUCAAACAUGGCAUGUGUAUCUUUUGCUUUUGGCUUUGCUAGUCUUACAAGGUCUUCUGGCUAUGAAUUCUACUAAAUUUAUUGGAGCAUUGAAUACAGUUGGGACUAUCACCAAUGUGAUUGUACUCUUGAUUUUCGUCACUUGGAUCCCCGCUGGUUCUAUCAAGGAACCGAAGAUAAAUCCAGGUAGUAGGGUGUGGACUUCUGAGGGUAUUGUUAACGGGACGGAGUGGCCUACUGGAUUUUCUUUCUUGAUGGGAUUUAUGUCUGUUAUUUUAGGACUGUGGCUUGGUUGGGCAAUCAUUUUGGUCAUUGCGUAUACUGUGAAGGAUAUCCAAGAUGUGGUUUCUGGACAGUAUGGCCAACCUAUGGGAAGCUUGUGUCUCCAAGUACUUGGCCCAAAAGCUGGACUUGCGAUGUUUUCACUCAACAUGGUCGCUCAGUUUUUUGUUGGGCAAGGUGUCACAGUCGUAUCAUCCCGCGUCGUUUAUGCCUAUUCCCGCGAUGGUGCUCUCCCUGGUUCCCAUUGGCUCAAGCAAGUAAGCCCUCACACCAAAACACCCGUCUACGCCGUUUGGUUUGUCCUCACUCUAGGUGCACUUCUUGGUCUUCUGAUAUUUGCUAGCCCAGUGGCUAUUGGGGCUGUGUUUAGUAUGGGCGCUAUUGCGCAAUACAUCGCUUUCGUAUUCCCUAUUGCGUUGAAAGUUUUUAGCGCGAAGGGGAAGUUUCGUCCUGGUCCUUGGAAUCUAGGUCGUUUCUCAACAGCGAUAGGUGUUGUGGCUGUCGGAUGGGUAUCUCUUAUAAUUCCGAUUCUCUGUUUCCCUUCAGUCACAGGGGCAGAUCUAAAUGAUUUUAAUAUGAACUACACAUGUUUAAUAUACGGAGGUACGAUGACUUUGGCUAUGUGUUGGUAUGCGAUUAGUGCCCGGAAAUGGUUCAAGGGGCCAAACAUCAAUGUGGAGCACAUGAUUCAUAGAGAUGGUUCCGGGAAUGGUUCUAGAACUGGUGAAAUGGACGACGCUAUCGUGGAAAAAGAUGGACAAAUGGUGGGCGAGAAUGGAUCUGACGAGACUAGGGAGGGGAAAGAGUUGAAUGAGUGA